CCGACGCCUGCCAGCUAUUGGUCGGUCUCCCCGGCGGGGGCGUGGUCCGGUACAUCAGGGGCCCAAGAUGGCGCUGCCCUUUGCACGCUGCUGGAACUCGUACCGCUGGGGAGCCAAGCGCUGGGGGGUCCCUGCCGGGGACGCCCGGAGAGGCAUCAGUUUCAAACUGGAAGAAAAAACUGCCCACAGCAGCCUGGCACUCUUUAAAGGUGACACAGGUGUCAAAUACGGCCUGGUGGGACUGGAACCCACCAAGGUGGCCCUGAACUUGGAGCGCUUCCGGGAGUGGGCAGUGGUGCUCGCAGACACCCCGGUCACCAGUGGCCGACACUACUGGGAGGUCACAGUGAAGCGCUCCCAGCAGUUCCGGAUAGGAGUGGCAGAUGUGGACAUGUCCCGGGACAGCUGCGUCGGUGCUGACGAUCGCUCCUGGGUGUUCUCCUAUGCCCAGCGCAAGUGGCACAGCAUGUUGGCCAACGAGAAAGCCCCGAUUGAGGGUAUUGGGCAACCAGAGAAAGUGGGGCUGCUGCUGGACUAUGAGGCAAAGAAGCUGAGCCUGGUGGAUGUGAGUCAGAUCGCCGUGGUCCACACACUACAAACGGAUUUCCGCGGCCCAGUGACGCCUGCGUUUGCUCUUUGGGAUGGAGAGCUGCUAACCCACUCAGGACUAGAAGUGCCCAAGGGGCUCUAAUGCGGCCUAAGUCCCUUAAUCAUGCUUUCUGUUCAAGGGGUCUAACGCUGUUUUACAUUGUCUCAAGCAAGUGGUAGCUCUCACAAUUCAGUUGGGAGCCCUUGUGCAAUAUUUUAGUCAUCUUCCUCUGGUCCCUACUCUGUGAAAGCUAGGUAUACAGCCAAACUUUGUCCUCACAUGACUGCCAGUUCCCUAGAGCAUCAGGUCCCUCUACUUGUGCCCACGUGUCUUAGACUGCUCAGUCCUGGUCCUGUGUUUCAGCCACUACCUCUCCUUCCCCUUACCCACUGUGUAACUUGUUUUGGGGGUUUACCAGCUUCUCCUGAGUAAAUGCUUUCUACCUCUGGCUGCAGGAGUGGGUGGCCUUUUCUCUGAUGCACCUCAGAUUCUUGGGUUCUGGCCCCCUCAUUGUUGGAUUGACUCAGUAGGUCAGCACCACAAACGUCGGUCCUACGCAGAUGCAGCUAUGGCAUUCUGAGUCCGUCUGCUUUCUCCUGCACACCUCUGAUACCCAGCCAGUUUGUCAUAACCAAUGUGCCAGUUACAGCUGUGACCAAAGGGGAAGAGACACUAGGGGGCUAUGUAGGGCUGUAGUGCCAGAAACUCUUACCUUUGAGAAGUUCCAUCUACACAUCUGCCACAGUUGGGAGCUUCAGAGAAGAGGAGAGUGCUAUAUAACCCAUUUUGGAGCCUGUUCAGACCCCAAAUUCCCACCCCACCCCCCUUGGCCACAGAAUAUACUUAAUUAAAGCAGUAUUUGGGGUUGAGGGAAACCUGGUGGAAUAGAUGGAUAUGUAUGUGUGAUAUGUAUCGUUUGGACUGUCUGUCCCCAUGGUUCUGUCUUAUUCUAUUAUCUAUGAUGGAUAUCCUUAGGGGAGAAAGAGAAUGACUAGAUUUAGCAAAGAAAGAAAAAUUCAUCUAAUUAAAGUUUAUUUGAACACAAAA